AUGAUAAAACAUUCUUUAACUCAAACAUCUUCUACUAAUCACAAUUUUUCAUAGAAACUUUAAUUGCAGAAGCUUAAAAGAAAUAAGCAAAUGGUCUCAAAAGCCAUUGAUAUGCUUUAAAAUCCAUUUGAUCCCCAUCAAGUAUCUUAAUCCUUGAGAUUUCUUGAAAAUUAGUCAUAAAGAAAAGCAUUGCUUGAUGAAAUUAUUGGAAUAAGAGAAGAAAGAAAGAGAAAAUAAGAAUUUGAAAAAAUGUCUUCAAUGAGAGGGAUAUUGACCAAAGUAUAGAAAAGGUUCUCUGUUGUUAAAACUCAAGAUAUAAAAUUUAAUAGAGAUUUUAAUGAUUUUAAAAUUUUACAAGAGGAACGUAAUAAAAUGGAAAAAUUGCAGUAUGAAAAUCUCAAUCUGCAAAUAAAUGAAAGAAAAUCUUAAUUCAAAAGAAUGUCAAGUCUUAACUUCUUAACACGAGAAAGUGAUAAUCAUCUCUUCAAACAUCAAUUAAGUCUUGAUCCAGGAGCUCCUCAAUCAUCUUUAAUGCUAACUAGAAAAACAUAAAGAAAUACAACGCUUUUGCUGUCUAAAAUAGCAAAUAAAUAAAUGUAUUAAUUUAUAAUUAAAGAAUUUUAGACAUACAGAGGGUAAUACUGAGAAAGUUCUUACAUCACCUCAGAAUUGCCUAAUCAUAACAUAAGAAACUGAUUAAGAAUGA